CCCCCGCUCCCCCCGGCCCCGUGCCCGGCCCCGUCCCGCCGCAGCCAUGAACCCGCUGUUCGGCCCCAACCUCUUCCUGCUGCCGCAGGAGCAGCAGGGGCUGCCGGGCCCCGAGCCGCCGCCGCUGCCCUCCCCGCGCCCCGCCGAGCCCUUCGCGGCGGAUCGGGGCCCCCCGCCGCCGCCCUCCGCCGCCGCCGCCGCCCCGUUCCCCCCGCCGCCCGCCGCCAUGGCCCUCCGCAACGACCUGGGCUCCAACAUCAGCGUGCUGAAGACGCUGAACCUGCGGUUCCGCUGCUUCCUCGCCAAGGUCCACGAGCUGGAGCGGCGCAACCGGCAGCUGGAGAAGCAGCUGCAGCAGGCGCUGGACGAGGGCGGACGGGCCCGCGGCCCCCCUCGCCGCGACCAGGCGGUGCAGACCGGCCUGGUGGGCCCCAUCCGGCCGCUGGGGCUGGGGCUGGGGCUGGGGGGCACCCGGCCCGCCGCCCUCUGCGGCCCCGCACGGCCGCUGGGCUCCCCCGGCUGCCACCCCGGAGCCCCCGCCCAGGCGCCGCCGCCCUUGUCGGCCGCCUCCUCCCGCUUCAUGCCCGGCACCAUCUGGUCCUUCUCGCAGGCCCGGAGGCUGGGCCCGGGACCGGAGACCACCCUGGUGCAGGGCCCGGGGGUCUCCUGGAUCCACCCGGACGGGGUGGGCGUGCAGAUCGACACCAUCACGCCGGAGAUCCGGGCCCUCUACAACGUGCUGGCCAAGGUGAAGAGGGAGCGCGACGAGUACAAGCGCAGAUGGGAAGAGGAGUACACAGUGCGUGUCCAGCUUCAGGACCGAGUCACUGAGCUGCAGGAGGAAGCCCAAGAGGCUGAAGCAUGCCAAGAAGAACUGGCCAUGAAGGUGGAGCAGCUCAAGGCAGAGCUUGUUGUCUUCAAGGGACUGAUGAGCAAUAACAUCACGGAGCUGGACACGAAGAUCCAGGAGAAGGCCAUGAAGGUGGACAUGGACAUCUGCCGGCGCAUCGACAUCACUGCCAAGCUGUGCGACGUGGCGCAGCAGCGGAACUGCGAGGACAUGAUCAAGAUGUUUCAGAAGCAACUGUCUCUGCACUUGUCUCCCGUUAAGGUCCCAGCCUCGGUGGGGCGGAAGCGGGAGCGGAAGCAGGUCAGCGAUGAAGAUACGUCGCUGUCAGAGAGCGAUGCCUCCAGGAAACCUGAAGAGGAAGAGGAGGAUGAGACCACAGCCAUGAGUAUCAAUGAGGAAAUGCAGAGGAUGCUGAACCAGCUGAGGGAAUACGACUUUGAAGAUGACUGUGACAGCCUCACGUGGGAGGAGACAGAAGAGACGCUGCUCCUCUGGGAGGACUUCUCCGGAUACGCCAUUGCUGCUGCAGAGGUGCAGGGGGAGCAACAGGAUGACAGCCUGGAGAAGGUGAUCAAGGACACAGAGUCGUUGUUCAAGAGCCGCGAGAAGGAAUACCAAGAAACCAUCGACCAAAUAGAGCUGGAGCUGGCCACGGCCAAGAACGACAUGAACCGGCACCUGCACGAAUACAUGGAGAUGUGCAGCAUGAAGCGAGGACUGGACGUGCAGAUGGAGACUUGCCGGCGGCUCAUCACCCAGUCUGGGGACAGAAAGUCUCCUGCCUUCACCCCAGCCUCCACCAGCGAGUCGGCACCCAACGAGGAGGGCGAGGAGUCCGACCGGGAUCCCCCCAGCGACGCUUCCAUCAGAUAAUGAGGGGAGGCCACGCUCCCUUGGCCCUCCGCUCCUGGCAAAGGGGUGUCUGAGCCACGCCUGGGAGAGACUGUCAGGGACACGGAGCUGCUGGUAAACGCCUGCCACCCAGGCCCACCCCCACCUUGGGGCAGAUCCACCUGCCGCCAGGUGUCUUGCGAAUGGCAAUAGCUAGGUAGACCCUGUCUGGGCCGCUCGCCCUCCAGCCCUUUGUUCCUUCUCCCUGCUUGGGUAUACCUGUGGUUCGGGCAGGGUGGCCCCAAACUUGCCACAGCAGCGCUCUCCGGGACCUGUCCCCAGGCCCUCCAAACCCACCUUCUCCAGGCUCUGUCCUGGUGCACCUGGCCUGCCCCCUGCCCUCCUCGUGCCGCACAGGAGCCGAACCUGAGCUGUAGCUCCCUGCAAACUGGACCUGACACUGGUGCCAACUGGACCGAGCGCUGGGCUGUCCCCAUCCUUGCUGCUCCCUGGGCACUGGGGUAGGCCUGGCGCUGUGCCGGGCACCGCCGCUGUCCCCUCCCGUGGGGCAGGGACACCGAGUCCCGCUCACCGUGCACUUUGCUUUGCUGCGCGUCGGCGGCGCGUUUGUUACAGAGACGAGGGAUCAUUAAACGGGACGGUUGCCUUUUCUACAGCUUCUCCGGGUGUGGGCUCUCACUGGGCUGCAGCAGGCACAGGACUGCAUUGCUCGAAGCGGGGCCUCCUCUGCCCGGUCCCCCUCCCUGGGAUGCUCCCAUCCCUCGGGCAGGAAGGUGCUGGCGGUGAGAUCCCUCUUUGGGCAGCUACAGGUCCUCAAAGGGCCACAUAUAACGCUGGUACUGCGUGGGCCAGGCUCCAGGCUUAAAAUAAAACCAAACUGAGUUGUUUUAUCUGCACUGAUGCCGAUGGCACCUUCCUCUGAUGUGUCUGCACCCCUUCACCACAGGCCAGCAUCCUCACUCCAGCUUUCUCCCAAUUCCCAUUUAAAAACCAACCAACCAAAAAAAAAACAACACACAAAGCUGACAGCAGGCUGAGGUUAGUUGCUGAGGGGAAUGACUGAGCAGUACUGAGGGACAGGAGAGGUUUCUGUUCCUGUGGAGGAAACAAAGCUGAACAUGGCUUGUGCCUUGCAGACCUCCCUGCCUAAGAGCUUGGUCAUCUCUGCUGCAACAGCUUUUUACCAGGGUGUCCCAGAGCAUCUCCUUACCUGUCCUCAGUUCUGCAUCCAACCUAGGGUGCCCCUGUCUCACCAUCUCCUGUAGCAUUUUCCCGUGUGGACCUUACACUUCCUCCUCCAGUGACGGGAUGUUUUGGGGUGGAAAGUAUCCUGCUGAGAGGCAGUGUUUUGCAGGGUCGUCUGCAGAUCAGUGGACCCAGGCUGCACAGCAAAAGCAGGUGAAGCUCCAGAGAAAAACACCUCUUGCAAAAGGUCCCGAAGGGAAGAUAAAGUAGAUCACAGUAGAGUUUUUUUGGAUCACCCGUAAGAUUAGGUAAGGUAGAUAAAGUACGGGUUGGGGGAAUGCAAUAAUUUACCUUCCCAGGUUUGGCUUGCGUAACUAACGCUGUCGUGCACAUGAGCACUGAGCAUUUGCACGUCACGAUGCAGAGGGUCGGUGUUUAAGCAGGGUGAGGUCCACGCGUGACUGCGAGACGUGUUACAGCACGUGUUGGGGUUUUGGUGUACGUGAAGCUGUCUGGUUAGGUCUGGUUCCUGGGGGUGGGAGGGUGAGGCUGUGCUAGCUGCAAGGAAACCUCUGGGCCAGGGCACUGCUGCUGGCAUGGGGACUCUGCGGUUCGUUAGCUGAUGGUCUGCUGCUGCUGCUGGGAUCAGUGCCACGCUCGCCUCUCACCGAGAAGAUGGGAGAAUGUUUGAUGCAUGCAGCAGUGUGCUUAAUACCAGCACAGGGGUGCUCUCCUCCUGCCCUUGCAAUAUGCAGUUGCACAGACAGGAGGUCUCAGGAGAGACUGGGCAUUCACCCUCGUGGCCUUACCUCCACACCACCUUCCCUGGUUGUUUCCAUUUCUUUCCCUCUUCCCUUAUAUUUUUUCUUCCUAAAAGAACUGAAAACAGACCAGAUACUUUAAUCCAUGGUUUUUCUUUUGAUGCCUCACAUGGUCAAAGAUUGCUUUCUAUCCUGCCUGAAGGCUCUUGUGGUUCACGCAAAUUCCCUUUCCCAUAUAUUUCCUUGCAGCAUUUUCUGCCCUUUCUCUGAUGCGGAGAUCUCUAUGACUAGCUGGCAAAGUCUGUCUCUCCCCGUGUGUAAUCCAUGGCAUGCAUAUCUUGGCCUCUGAUCUGUCUGUGCUGCUUAAGAAAUCCACGACUGUAAAGUAUGUGUGCUGAGAGACUUCAGACAUGAAGAGUAGAAGGACCAACAUCUCUGCCUCUAGAAGUCAUUGCCCAGAUGAGCACCUGGUGCUGUCAGACACCCGUGCACCAGGACGCAUGGGCAUCCCCGUCCCAUGCUACUUGUCAGAAUCUCAUUUGCAGUGAAACUGAGAUGUCUCUAUCACGUUUCUGCAAGAUGAUGUCCUUCGGUGAAUUGCAUUGCCGGUCACGGGUUCUGAUCCCCACCAGUAUGAAAGCUCAUGAGAUCUCACUGGCAGGACAUGCAAUGCUGAUCGUUUCCCUCUGUGACUUCUCAGCAGGGGAAGAACAGCCCAAAGCCUCCAGUGGUGGCUCGACAAUCUCCCCUGCAUCUGCCUAUCCUUCAGUAGUGACUCCACAUCUUUGAUGCUGGAGAUGUGGAUCUUCCAUUUAUAUAACUCUACUCUGUAGACUCCUCUGUUCUUUUGGGGAGUAUCUAGCAUGCUUUCUCUGUAACUGUGGUAUCUAGGAACUGUUCAGCACUGUGUUGCUUCUUGAUGCCCCAACCUCACCCCUCUUCCAGGACACCUCACUGCAGCGCUGGCUCUUGAAGCAGUAUCAGAAGAAAUUGUCUAGGGGAGACCCAGGUCUUGGCUGCUUAGUCUUUGUGGACACCUGUAGUCAUCUCAUAGGGAAUAAUCAUGAGUCUCAUUUAUCCUCAGACCACAACCCAUUCAAAAUCUUUGCUUGGCCUAAGCUUUCUCAAAAUCUUGGUUGCAGGGGCAUCUUGUCGGUGGAUGGAGGGGGCCUUUUCCUAUCCUGGACCCAGCAGAUGAGUUGAUGAAAUGAAUGUUGGAGGCAGCAGGUCAGUUACACUCUCCAGCUGACCCAGCUCACCUGUGAACAUGUUGCAGCUGAGCCUAAUGCAUCAGAGUGGACCUUGGCAUGCAGAGGACAAAGUCCUAUCUCAGCAUCCACUUAUUAACGUGAAUGUUUAUCGCCCAAGUACAGUCCAAGCAUGGAUGUGUCUUGCGGAAUGGGGUCCCAUGGAAGGAUGCAUCUGGGCCAGUCCUUCUGACAGCAUCCGCCUCAGGACCCUUCAGAUGUGACUGCUGUCUGGUCAUCUACAUGACCAUCUGUCAAAGACCAUGGUUUUAUGAUCAUGUCUCUGGAUUGGUGUUGAAGACCUCACACUGAGUAUUGAGGCAGGCUGGUUCAGCUUCCCUACACUGUGUUGGUGCAGACUCACUGUGGCAGCCUGGGAACGUGCUAGUGUUUGCUAUGGCUUCUCCCUCUCCAACAUUUGGACUAUUGUGUACUGGUGAGGACAGGUGCAAGUGUUUAACAGCAGUGGGAGUGGCAUGAAAACCAUCCCCCAAUGCAAGAGCUGGGACAUAUCCACUUGCCAGCAUCCUGCCUCCAUAAGGCACCAGGGGAGACUGCCAGCCUUUGAGCUGGAGGGAGGGAAGCAGUUCUCUACCUUGGCUGCUGUCCUCCGUGCUUGCUGUGCUGAGAUCAGCCUCUUGGCAAGGUGCUUCAACAGACAAUGCCAGGCAUUUUGCUGUAACAUAGGACUAAGCCCUGUCUCCCUGCUGAAUGUGUUUAUGAUCCAGUGGCAGGCAGAAUGGCCUCUCCUUCCUCUUCCUUCUUUCACAUGAAAGGAGAAUUUUAAUACCAAAGACACUGUCUGCCAAGAUAGGCUGACUGAGUUUCUUCAUGAAGCCUUCCAUAUUUUCCCACAUCACCCUACUUGCACCUCAUCACGGGGAUGUGGGAUGUUCUUACAGGCUCUAGGAAGGGUUCCGUCACCCAACCACUACACAGCCCAGGUAAUUUUUCCUUUUCUUAAGCAAGUCUGAGCCCUCUCCCUCCCUUUGCUCAUUCCUGGGUCCCAUCUAUUUUAGAUCAUACCUCAGAACUGAAAAAGCCUCUUGUCUGUCUGUUCAGCUGUCUGGUGGUGCUUUCCACCCAGCAGCCUUCUGCUGGAGGCUCUGUCCCUGCCCCACGAGUCAGCUUUGUGUGAGUUAGCUUUUCCCUGUUUUAGGAUCCCUUCAAUGGACCUAAAUGUGGUGCUGACAGCCUUCACAGGAGCACCUUUUGAUUCCCUGAUAACCUGUUUAGUAUUUAUCUUGUUCUUGUGCUAAGCUAGGAGGGCAGGAGUGAUCAAAGCUGCAUAAAAACUUGCUCUUGCUUCUAUAUUCAAGCUAGGAGAUUGGCUUUCCUGAGCCUCAUACCUCUGCUGCAAAACUCUUUCUAUGUUUAGAUGGCGGUGGUGAUCUUCUAAGGAGAGAUCUGCCUGCCAGCUCUGCAGAAGAGCUGAGAAUAGAUGGCAGGCCUUGUCUGAAGUCCUGCUGUGCGUCAGCCAAGGUGGAGCUAGGCCAGAUGAUAAGCCCCCACCAGGGCUUUGGCUGUGUCAGCAGCUCUGUCGAUUCCAAGCUGCAGUCGAGUGAUCCUCAGAGCAUCCAAGGGUGGUGCAGACUCGUGCUGAGGCUUUCUACACGAAGAACUCCACUUCUACAUGAAGAGAGGUCAGAAUUAACUCAGAACAUAGUGGAGUGCUCUCUCCUUGGAGAUGCAUCUCAUGAUGCAUGGGCAGGCUCAUGAAAUCAUCUGACAAGCCCCUACUGGUGGUGAUUAUUGUUGGGAAGAAUUGGUAAGGUAGCAAGGAGGACUGGAUAGGCUACAGGCAGCUUAAGGGAAGUUGAAAAUCUUGAAAAAGAAGUAUGAGACUAUGAGAACUGUUUCAGAUGUGAAGUUGUCAAAUGAUUAGGUCAUUUUUGCUUGGGACGUGAGCAAGGAGAUGAUGCUAUAGGCCCCCUGACAGAAGGGGUGUAGAUUUUUCAGUUUGGAAAGCAGCUACAAUAGCCAGGAAGAUACUGAGGUGAUGCUAUGGAAAAGGGGUUCAAGCAGCCACUAGAAGAUGUCACGAUCAAGUUGAAUCAAUAUUACAACACAUGGGAAGAGGCAACAAGUUAAGCUUCCGCAGAAGCCUGUGCAAGAGGAACUAAAAGUUCUCAGGACAGGAAGAAAUGUGAUUAACUGACAUUUUUGAAGUUCAACAUCAUAUCAUAGAACUCCCAGCUCACCAGGAAGACCCACUGGUAAAGGUGGAAUAGGGAGGGGCAAUCAUGAAUUGCAGUUGCAAGCUGUGCUAAAAACCACAUUCCCUCUAGAGCCAACAGCAAAACAGUAUGAUCUGACACACACGUUCAUUAAGGCAUUGGAAGGUCUUUUGUGUAAUCCUCAGUCACCAAGCAAAACACAGCGAUUUAUUUCCUAAGUACCUCUCUGCUUCAUGUGAAAAGGAAAAUGAUGUUGUCAUGGGAGACUUUGGAUGGGAAUACUAACUAUGCUAUGCCACAGGGAGCUUCUCAGCAAGUUACAAAUAAUGGCAUGCCCAAGUAAGGCGAUGAUUUUACAUGUCCUUAUGACAGAUGAAGAUUGAGUUAGAAUUGGUGGUUGCCUAAAGACAAGGAAUUGACUGAGAAACAAAUAAAGAUAUCACCCAGGACAAAAAUAUCAUAACAGAGAAGUGUACGGUAUUACAUAGCCUUUUCUUAUAGCGGAAUUAUUUAGGAGAAGUAUCAGGAAAGUGUGAUUUAAGUGGAAGAUCCUUGGAAAGAUGAGAGGUGGUUUUUUUUUUUUUCAGUUAUCCAAAUAGCUGUGAUUUAGUAUGCAUGAGAAGAUAGCUUUCAGUAAAACAAUUCCAUGAGUAAGUGGCCAUGUGACAGUAGUACUUGAAAAUAAUGAAUAAAAGUAAUUAAAAAAAACUGACCUCAAUUAAUAAAAAUAAAGUAAACAUUGUAACAACUGCAGUGACUGUGUGUGGAGGAAGACGAAUACAGGGAUGACAAAAUAAUUGAGAUGUAUAAAAAAAGUUAUAUGAGUGGCUGAUGACCUCAAGAAUAAAUACUUAUAGGUGGAUAUAUAAGGAUUCUCAUAUGUUGUUCUAGUUAUUUUUAAAGGAAAAUCAGUCCUUGCAGUAAUGUAAGCCUUUUUCUUGACUGGGAUUUAAAAAAAAAAGUCCUAAACGAUUGGGAAAAAAAAAAAAAAAAAGUACUCAUCAGAUAUGUCUGUUCCAUACUUGUGAAAAGCAGAAUGUGGUCACAGGGGAAUGAAGCACUUCCCAAGCCAUUAGUAAUAAUUCUUGACAGGAACACUUUCACUUUUCCAGGUACAGGUGACCAAGAGAGCUCCGAUGCGGAGAGAUGCAUGGGGUGCUGUGGUGUGCACAAACCACUACACAAUGCCUGAGGCUGCUUGAGAGAGAUGGAGUGAGGGACCCUGGAAAAAAAGCAUAAUGUUGCAGCUGCUUUUCUGCACACAUCAUUUUAGAGAGCUCUCUAAUCUCGUUGGUGAUGAAAAAGUGCUGGCUGCUGAAAUUCAUGGUUUGUUGAUGUCAAUUCUUAAAUGAACCGGGGAGGACCCAUUUAAAAAUGACUGGGCAGAUGGGUGAACAAAUUACCUAAGUGAUGAGCCUGACAGCCUAUGUACGGAAACCAAUGAGAAACCAGUGGGGAGGAAGGCAAAAAUCAGGAAGCAAUGGAAGAAGUCUGCACAGACAUGGAGGAAGAAGUGGAUAGACAAAUCUGCUACCAUUUUAGUCUCAAAAGGGGUUAAAUGCCUCAAACAAAACGCUGAGAGGCACUGAAAUAUAAUUUCAUAAUUUAAGUUUUUAAACAGGGCUAAAAACAGGCUCUGUUACCAUACAUAUAUAGCCAAUAAGCUACGCAUGGAUAAAUCCAAGAGCAAGGAAUAAUAGUGUUUGACUAUAUCUGGAACAACACGAGCUCUGGAAAGACUGAGGAAGGAGCAGCCUCAUGUGAGUUCUCAGCCAGUUGUCUUGAAACAUCUCUUAUUCCUGUUUGGCAUUGCUGUGUUUUGUCCUGGUUUCCAACACAUUUUGUAGUAGUUAGAUCAAAGAGUCCCAACUGAUUCCAGGCUGGAGAAAAAUGCUUUGACAGUGAAAGGUUUAGUCUCUUUAGCUCUUCAAAAAAAGGUGAAUGAGAGUUUUUGCCCAUGAGGAUGCUCUAAGGAUGAUGCUGUUUAACCAGGCUGAGAAAGGCAUACAAGGACUAAGGAGAUGGGGAGACUGGAGACAUUAUGCAUUCAGUGAAACCUGAGUGUGCCUUUAGGGUAACCAAAAAACUGGAGAUUACAAACUACCUUUAAAAGGCUUGGCCACUCUUGUCUUGUCUUAAUUCACUUGCUCUUCAACACGAGUUGCUCUUAGUAGCAAUCACAGUGACAAAUGCAUCCAAGGGUGCAAACAGACCUCAGAGGCAUAAUUUAUUGCAAUGAAAGCCACACGGAGCCUAACCCACUGCUUCACUGUCAACCAGGUGCUGACUAACUCCUUUCUUCAUGCUGGGCUUCAGCUGAAUUGUCUUAUACAGAGGUAAAACUGGUAUUUCUCUCUACUUUCUGGACUCUGGUGAGCCUUUCUAAAAAUCUGCCAUAACAUCUGUAAAUUUCUAAUCCUCUGGUGUUGGGUCUGAUGUGCAUAAUGAAUUGCAGCUUAGUUAACUGUUCAGCUGUUUCAUGCCCCAAACCAUCUGAGAUUUGCACUUGCUACUGACAGGUUGCUGCUCUGCAUCGUGGAGAUAUACUCUGAAGUCCUGACACUUCAGCUGGCAAUGGUGUCUUUGUCUCACCUCUGCUGAGGGAAAAAUCUGUUACCUGGGAAUACCCCUACUGACAGCAACAACAUCGCUUUUAUUUUUCUGCCGUGGCCUUCCCUAAAUGCUCCCGUUCCAUCUUUUUGCUCUUUGGCAGCUUUCCUGUGUCUGAGAUGCAUUUGAAAAAGAUUUUAAUACUACCUUUUUUAUUUGUCACAAAUUUUCCUUAGAACCUGCCUUUUUUAGGCUCUUUUAAAUUUAAUUUGCUAUUAUUUAUGGGCUUUUCUUCUAUUUUCAUUUGACUACAGCUACUGCUCUUUGAAGGCUGUCUCUUUGAAUCUUAUGCAGUAAAGUAUAACACAUUACUAUUGUUUCUUCUAGGCGAUGUACAUUUAAUUGAAAAUAAUUCCCUCGAGAAGAUAAGAUGCCACUGCUAUAGUAAGAUAAUACAUGGAGGUAAGUUAGCUGUGCCGUAGUAAGAUAUUAUAUUCAGCUCACAAGAGUAAGCAACAAAUUAUUUGGUUUCGCAGUGUAUAUAAAUAAGAUUGCCAAAAUGUAGGCAGCUUGUUUUUGGUGAAACGCCUGCUUUUUGUGAGUGACUGUGCACACAGCACUGUUUGCGUACCACGACUAAGCUGUGAACCUGUGUUUUGUGAAUGGCAUCUGUUACAAAGAAGAGUUUGGAACGUUGUCAUUUAAGACGUUUGUCUCGUACUAAUGUCCUAUA